AUGCCUCCUUCACCCGCACCCACAACUAAGAAGUCGAGUAGCAAGCUUGCGAGCUUGGCUUGGUUCGUCUUCAAGUUGGGCUUCGGGCUGUUCAGCCUUGCAUCCACAUGGAUCGCUGUUGCGUUGAAGAACGGCGUUUUCCAGCCCCAAGACACAGAGGAGGAGAAGCUAGAGCUGGCGGCUGCGCAGCAGAAAUACUGGAGCCUCGAUCGCGAACCGCUUCCAGGCUUCAGACACGCCUUCUUCACGACCUCCGCCGGAGCAAAGCUCCACUACGUCGUCAACGCGAAUGCCGACGCCCCUCCAUCGCGAAACAUCGCAGUCUUCGUACAUGGCUUCCCCGACUCGUACUUGCUGUGGCGGCACAUCCUGCAAACCCCCGCAUUGCAGCAAGCGCAUACUCUUGUCGCUUUCGACCUGCCUGGUUACGGCGGUAGUGAUAGCCUGCCGAACUAUGGGCCCAAUGAGGUGCUUGAAGCAGUAGCUGAGUUCAUCGUCGCUGCGAGGAAGCAAUUCCUGCAACAGGACAGGAAGUGCGUGGUCGUGAGCCAUGAUUGGGGAGCGCUCAUUUGCGCCAGGCUUGCGUCUGAGGCGGGGGAGCUUGCUGAUCGCUGGAUCACCACAAGCGGUAUCAUUCCUCAUGCGACUGUCAACAACGCCACUUCACAAUGGACUCUGGCGCGUCAAAUGCUGCACACGUGGUCUAGUCAUCCUCUCAACACUGCUCUUCUCAAGAACGCUCUACGGGCGUUCAAGCCAGUAAUGUCGCAGUUUAAACGCUCCUUCUACAUCUUUUGCUUCCACUUGCCUCCGCCAUUGGACUCUUUCUUCACAACCUUCGGUAACUAUUGGUUCCUGCGUGUUACGCACAAUCUUGGUCUUGGCCCGCAUGAGAAGGACGAGGAUGUAACGAAGAGACUUGAUCCAAAGGCUGCCGCAGAGGCUAUGUGCAUGUCCACUGGCCCUGCUUUAGCACAGUUAUCUGACAAAGCCACUGGGGGACCUUCAGAUCGAUAUGGCGAGUCUGUACGACGAAGGGUCAAAGAUCGUGGCAUGUCAGAGAAGAUCAGGAUCUACCGCGAAGGCCUGUUCAUUGGACGAUGGGAGAAGUCCCUCGAACUUACUGCUGCGCUGUACGAACUUCGCUCCGGCAACGAUCGAGGUUCCAGCAUUGCUCCCAGAGGUGCACUCAAGGCGCCAACUACGCUCGUGCUUGGAGAGCAUGAUCCGGCGUUUGAUUCGAAACUGGCACUUGAUAAUGUGAAGGAAUAUCUAGUGAAGGGGAGUCAAGUGCUGAUCGUCAAGGACGCAGGGCAUUGGAUGCCUACAGAGCCUACGGCUCGGGUGGUUUUGGAGCAAUUAGCACUGUGGGCUUUGAGUGAGGAUUCAAGGGUCGCAAAUGCGACGCCUUUCGCCGGGAUGCUCAACUUGAAGGUCAUCGAGGAGCUUUGA